UUCGAAUGGUUAUUGACAAAAACGCAUAUAUUAUUCAAAGUAUAUGACGUAAAAUAGAGAACGAUUCGAGAAGAGAAUAUGACUUCAAACUUUAUUUUAUAAUUGUUUAUUACAUUGAAUUUGCCGAUAUUUUAAGAACUUUUACUAAUUCUCCCUAAAUUAAGGAAAAAUAUUAGAAUCGUUUUUUGUAAAUUUUUUCGUGAAAAAAGGAACUCUUAAAAGAUGUCAGCGAAAGCAAUUCGUGAAGCAACUGGAAAAGAUCUUAUUAAUCGCAAACUUCCUUCUGGCACAAAUACAGUGAAAUGUCGGUUUGUGACCAUUACAGAAAACACAAAUUGGACAGACAUUGUGAAUGAGCAUCCAUGGGUCCAAACUGAAAAAUUAGUGGUAAAACCAGAUCAAUUGAUCAAACGGCGAGGAAAGCUUGGACUAAUUAAAGUGAAUGCUGAUUUGGCUGCCGUAAAACAAUGGAUUGCAGAAAGAAUGAACAAAGAUCAACAAGUGGGGAAUACAACUGGAAAACUGAGAACAUUCAUCAUCGAGCCUUUUGUUCCUCACAAACAAGAAGAAGAAGCCUAUGUUUGUAUCUAUUCCCACAGAAAUGCUGAUACCAUUUUAUUCCAUCAUGAAGGUGGUGUUGACAUUGGGGAUGUUGAUGCAAAGGCCUUGAAAUUAGAUGUACCUGUUGGAGAAGAAGCACCAGAUCGGUCUACUAUAAUCAAUAAAUUAUUAAUACACGUAGCAGAUGACAAAAAAGAAGUGAUUGGCAAAUUUGUAGAAUCUCUAUAUAAGCUUUAUGUUAACUUAUAUUUCACUUACUUAGAGAUAAAUCCAUUGGUGGUAACAAAAAAUGGAAUUUAUAUACUUGAUCUCGCUGCAAAGUUGGACACAACUGCGGACUUCAUCUGCAGACCUGACUGGGGAGAUAUCGAUUAUCCACCACCAUUUGGAAGGGAUGCUUAUCCAGAAGAGGCCUACAUCGCCGAUUUAGAUUCUAAAUCUGGAGCUAGCUUGAAAUUGACUAUUCUUAAUCCAGCUGGUCGGAUAUGGACAAUGGUUGCUGGCGGUGGAGCAUCCGUGAUAUACUCGGACACUAUUUGCGAUUUGGGAGCCGCGAAUGAAUUAGCUAAUUAUGGAGAAUAUUCUGGUGCACCUAGCGAACAACAAACUUACGAGUACGCAAAAACCAUUCUGAGCUUGAUGACAAAAGAAAAACGGCCAGAGGGGAAAGUAUUGAUCAUUGGUGGUGGUAUCGCUAACUUUACAAAUGUAGCUGCCACUUUCAAAGGUAUUGUAAAGGCACUACAAGAGUACCAGCCUAAACUCGUAGAUCAUAACGUAAAAAUAUUCGUAAGAAGAGCGGGGCCUAAUUAUCAAGAAGGUCUAAGAAUUAUACGUGAAGUUGGUAAAAGACUCGGCAUUCCCGUUUAUGUAUUCGGUCCAGAAACUCACAUGACAGCUAUAUGCGCGAUGGCAUUAGGCAAAAAGCCAAUUCCAGAUCCUGAAGCACAGGAAUUUUCAACUGCAAAUUUUUUGUUACCCUCGGGACAAGAUGUAGGUCCUUCAGCUCCCUCUGCUAGUGCUUCCUCUUUACCCACUAAACAGUCCAAACUAAAAGCAAGCAACUCUGUUGACGGAUCAUCACACAAACAGCUCUUUAGUUGUAAAACCAGAUCCAUUAUCUGGGGAAUGCAAAAUAGAGCUGUUCAGAGUAUGUUAGACUUUGACUUCAUUUGUCGUAGAUCUGAACCAUCCGUAGCUGCCAUUGUAUAUCCUUUCACGGGUGACCACAAACAAAAAUUUUACUGGGGUCACAAAGAGGUACUCAUUCCUGUCUAUAAACAAAUGAAAGACGCUAUGACUAAACACACAGAUGCUGACGUUAUGGUCACGUUUGCAUCCUUAAGAUCCGCAUACGAAAGCGCUGUGGAAACCAUGCAAUUCCCUCAAAUUCGAACAAUUGCUAUUAUUGCUGAGGGAAUACCUGAAAAUAUGACGAGAAAGUUAAUUUUAAUGGCGCAACAUAAAGGCGUUACUAUCAUCGGUCCAGCCACCGUUGGAGGUCUCAAACCUGGUUGUUUCAAAAUUGGUAAUACCGGUGGAAUGAUGGACAAUAUUCUUCAUAGUAAACUUUACAGGCCUGGCAGUGUUGCAUAUGUCUCUCGUUCCGGAGGCAUGUCUAAUGAACUAAAUAAUAUAAUUUCCAAAGCUUCUAAUGGAGUAUUGGAAGGUGUCGCAAUUGGUGGAGAUCGUUAUCCAGGAACAACAUUUAUGGAUCACAUUAUACGUUAUCAAGAAAAUCCGGAAGUGAAGCUUAUAGUACUUCUUGGUGAAGUCGGUGGUGUGGAAGAGUAUGAAGUAUGUCAAGCACUGAAAACAAAGAGAAUUACAAAGCCAUUGAUCGCUUGGUGCAUUGGUACCUGCGCCAGCAUGUUCAAAUCUGAAGUACAGUUUGGUCAUGCUGGAUCUAUUGCUCAUAGCAAUUUAGAAACAGCUUCUGCCAAAAAUGCUGCAUUAAAAGAAGCUGGUGCUUUUGUUCCUGACAGUUUUGAUAGCUUAGGUGACUUAAUGCAGACUGUUUACAAUAAUCUUGUAAAAGAGGGAGUGAUAGUACCUGCACCGGAAGUUCCUCCUCCCACUGUUCCUAUGGAUUACAGUUGGGCUAGGGAACUCGGUCUGAUACGAAAACCAGCUUCAUUCAUGACCUCGAUAUGUGAUGAACGUGGCCAAGAAUUAUUAUAUGCUGGAAUGCCUGUAACAGAAGUUCUUAAGCAGAACGUAGGAAUUGGUGGUGUAGUUUCAUUAUUAUGGUUCCAGCGAUGCUUGGCGCCAAUGUAUUGUAAAUUUCUUGAAAUGUCUUUAAUGUUAACAGCUGAUCACGGGCCUGCCGUGUCAGGGGCACAUAACACUAUUGUUUGUGCAAGAGCUGGUAAAGAUUUAGUUAGCUCUCUAGUAUCUGGUCUUUUGACUAUCGGUGAUCGUUUCGGUGGUGCAUUGGAUGGUGCGGCUCGUAUGUUCUCUGAAGCAUAUGAUGCUGGAUUACAUCCACAAGAGUUUGUAAAUAAUACACGUAAGAAGGGCAAACUCAUAAUGGGUAUUGGUCAUCGUAUAAAGUCCAUAAAUAAUCCAGACAUGCGGGUAAAACUCAUUAAAGAAUAUGUAAUGGAGCAUUUCCCUGCCAGACCGUUGGUAGAAUAUGCACUGGAAGUUGAGAAAAUAACCACGAGUAAGAAGCCUAAUUUAAUCUUGAAUGUGGAUGGUAUAAUUGCCUGUGCUUUUGUUGAUAUGUUGAGGAACAGCGGAAGCUUCACAAGAGAAGAAGCACAAGAAUAUAUCGAAAUUGGUGCUAUAAAUAGUUUAUUUGUUCUUGGUAGAAGUAUAGGUUUUAUUGGUCAUUACAUGGAUCAAAAAAGGUUGAAACAAGGUUUAUACCGACAUCCUUGGGAUGAUAUUUCUUAUGUAUUGCCAGAACAAUAUAAUUGAAUUCAUCUUCCAUUUACAUUGUUUGUCGUAAAAGCAUAAUAAAUGUUGCGUAUUCAUUUAAGAAAUUUAGAUAGUUCUGAUGGUUAUGUCUUACAUGUUUUGCUCAUAAUUGUGAGAAAUUAGAAAAAGUACCACGUAUGUUUGGUUUGAUAUUAAAUGUUAUAAUAUCAAUGCAUAAGUGAAAGCUCUUGUAUGAUAAAUUAGUUUUCCUUAUCGCUAGUCGGUUAUAUUCGAUAUAAAUGCGAUUUUAAACUUAAGUUGGUGGUGACCAGAACUUAGAUAUGAAUACGGGAAACAGAAAAAAUUAGCCUUACAAAUAAACAUUCCAUAAAGCAUUUGUAAUGUGGUCAGAAAACAGAACUUGAAUUGAAAAUAUUUUAUAAUCGCUGAUUAAUGUGCAGUACAUUACUACUUUAUUUUUCAUAAUUAUAAUUCAUGGAAGAUUAUAAUUCACAUAAUCUUUUCUGGUUUAUAAAAAUGUCAAUAUUAUUUUAUUUAGAGAAUGUUAUUAGGUAUACGUGCGUGCUUAAUCAUGCGUACUUGUAUAUCAUUAUUACAUACAUAUGUAUAUAUGCAUGCAUAUAUAAACAUGUGCUGUAUGCGCAUGUUACAUAUGUGUAUAUGCUAUGUUAACAAUUUUUUGCACAAAUUAGUUUAUCACGUAUAUAUAAAGUAUGUAGGAAAUAAUAAAUACAUGUGACUUUAA